AUAUAUACUCAACCAUACCAUACCUCAUCAUAAACCACCAAAACCAAAAUCAAAUUGGAAAGAAAGGAAGGCAUGGGGAAUUGCUUGGUGGUUCAAGAAAACGUAGUGAAGAUCAUGAAAACAGAUGGGAAAGUACUUGAAUACAAAGCACCAAUCAAAGUUGAGCAAGUUCUGGUAGAUUUCUCCGGCCAUGUAGUAUCUGAUUCACUCCUCCGCCAUCUUCAGCCAAACACCAAACUGCUCGGCGGAAGCUUGUACCACCUAGUUCCUCCACCGCCGCCACCGUCACAGCAACCCUCGACACCAAAAUCUAGCAAGAAGGUGAGGUUUGCAGAACCAGAAGUGCAAGAUGUUCAAGAAAGUAAAGUGGUUACAAUUAAGGUAGUUAUUAGCAAGCAACAACUGAGGGAUAUGAUGCAAAAGGGAGUGGUUUCGGUUGAUAAGAUGUUAUCUAUGGUUCACCGUGAAAAUCAGGUAGCAACCGAUGAUGAUGAUGAUGAAGAAGAAGGUAAUCGAGAUUUUUGUGAUAACGCGUGGAAACCACCAUUAGAAAGCAUAACAGAAGUAAACUAGCAAGUAGCAGUGUUCCAAAUUGUGUACUAGUCUUUAUGUGUUUCUAACUUGCAUGGUAUACAGUGUAACAUUACACAAACAUGUAAUAGAUUUAGAGACGAAACAAAACAAAACAGAAAAACUAUAAUUGACUCUUCUUCGGGUUA